UCUUAUUUCCCACAACUAAAUACAACAUAACAAUUGUUCCUCACCUUAGAUAUGAGUUCCAUCCAAAUCCUCUCCACCUCUACAAUCCAUGCACCAAAUCACUUAAAUGACCAUACAAUCGAUCUAACACCAUGGGAUCUACAAUUCCUCCCAUUUGGAUACAAUCAAACUGGUCUUCUUUAUCACAACCCUUUCGACUUAGAUGCAACUAACCAAAUCCAACACUUUAAAAAUUCACUUUCCUCUACCCUUGAUUUUUUCCAUCUCUUCACGGGCCGUCUCGAAAUCAAACAACAUGAAGAUAAUACUAUCUCAUGUUCUAUCAAGUGCAACAAUAAAGGAGCACUCUUUGUUCAUGCUUUAGCCAAAAAUAUUAGUGUCUCCGACAUUCUUAAACCCACUAAUUUUCAUCUUCCCCCGAUUCAUCACUCAUUAUUUUCACUUAACGGAGUUAAAAACUAUGAAGGGACCUCACAACCAUUACUUGCAAUCCAAGUAACAAAAUUGGUCGACGGCGUCUUUGUUGGCUUCACACUCAACCACGUGGUUGGUGAUGGUAAGUCGUUUUGCCAUUUUUCCAAUUCGUUGGCCGAAAUCUCAAAAGGUUGUCAUAAAAUAUCCAAACUUCCAAUAUAUGAACGAUGGUUUCCAAUAGAUAUUGAAUAUCCCAUUCGAUUUCCCUUCACAAUAGAGCCGCAAAAUAGUUACUCUCAUAAUGAAGGGAUUAAACUUAACCUGCCAGAAAGAUUAUUUCAUUUCACAAAAGAAAAUAUUGCAAAACUAAAAUUCAAAGCCAACUUAGAGGCCGGUGCCAAGAAGUUAUCUUCUUUGCAAGCAGUUUUCACUCACAUUUGGCGUUCUUUUGUACGUUCUAGAAAACUUGACAAACAAACAGAAGUGAGUUUUGUGCUGGAUAUAGGCGUUAGACCAAGGUUGAUUCCUCCUUUGCAUGAAGACUAUUUUGGUAAUGCCGUGAUAGAUUGCGUGGUUACCAUGCAAGCUGGUGAAUUAUUGGAAGAUGGUGGACUUGGUAAAGGUGCAUUGAAGAUGAAUAAGAUGAUUGCUUUGCACUCGAAUGAGAAGUUGAAAAGUGGCUAUAGAAAUUGGUUGGUAACUCCGAGUUUUAUUGUAACACCUGAUGAUGUGGUGAAUAAUAAUUCAUUGGUGAUUGGUAGUUCUCCUUGGUUUGAUGUUUUUGUUAAUGAUUUCGGUUGGGGAAAACCAGUGGGGGUUCGAAGUGGGAGUUCGAAUAAAAGAAGUGGGAAGGUUUAUGUGUAUGCAGGUGUAGAAGAAGGUAGUAUGGACCUUGAAGUUUGUCUUCCUAAUGAAAAUUUGGAAGCAAUUGGAAAUGAUCCCGAGUUUAUGGAUUACGCGUCCAACUACUGUGGCUUCUAAGUUCUAAUAAUGUUGAAUCUUUAGUGUUUGAUUUUGUAUUCGAAUAACGGAUUAAUAAUGAGGUUGAAGUCUUAGUUUUGUAAGAAGGUUUGAUGUUCAACUCCAUAUAAACAAACAGUGAUUGUUGUGGAAUUUUUAUUUUUAUUUUAUUUUAUGAAGUGUAUGUUGUUAUUGAUGAAGUGCAUGUUAGAACUUUGUGACUUGGAAAAUGUUGUUCAAAGUUUGAUGAUUAUUCAA